AAAACUUGGGACUUCUUUAGUUGCUGUACCUGCAGUGUGUGUGAGAGUUAGUUGCUACCCAUAAAAACCAUGGACGUCUAAAGCCGGAGUUCCAGCCAAAACCGCCCUUUCUUUAAGCAUCGUUUGGCUCACCAUUCUGCUUUAUCCUGUCAAGAGAUCAUGGAUGCUGUAAAGGAGCAAUCUUUGGCCAAACAGAAUGUUGAAGACUCUUCCUCCACACCAGCUCCGCCGCCGCUGCCGCCUCCUUCUCCCGGACCGCCACCUUUUCCUCCUAGAAAGGCACUUUUCUGGCCCGCGCUUUAUUAGUCUUAAAGAAGUGUCUUUUGUUUGCUCUUUUUGUUUUGGACUCCUUACCCAUCCAUCAUAUGCUCCUUUCUGUUUGAUAUGUGUUCUUGCUGAAUUACUUUAUUUAUUUUUUAUUAAUUGAAUUUCGACUUCUCUUUUUCCAUUUCUUGCUGGUUACUUUAUUUGACACAUAACCUGUACCUACCUGUAUUUGUUUAGGCUUUCCCUUUUCUUGUUUAAAGCUAUUUGUUUCAUGAAGUGUGAUUUUUCUGUUCUAGUGCUUUAGGGCCUCUUCGUUUAAUCCAGAAAAGCUCAAUUCAGCUAACUGACAAGAAAUUUAGCUUCCUGUGUAAUUACACAAGGUAAAUGAAUCGAGUGAAAUCAUGGAGGAGCAGUCUCUAAAUCUGAAUGAGAAGAGGAAAAACUUCAUUUUGGAGAUACCCAAAAGAUCGGUUGAGGAAGCAUCAGAAAAUUCUUUGAGGUCACCUAUACCCCUAUCACCAAAUCCAAAAAGAGUGAACUUUUCUCCUUUACCGAGCCCUUGCCAUGAUAAAACAGAUGGGUCUCCAGGUCCAUCAUCUAGGGGUAAAUCAUUGAUGAAAAAUUUUAUUCCUAAAAUAAACUUCAAAUUCCGGAACACAACACUAGACAUUGAAAGGGCUGCUAUCCUAGCUCUUGGUGGGUCCCCGGUGAGACAAGAGAAACCUUCUCUAUUUAGCCAACUCUCUGUAACUAAGAUUUUCAAUCAACGACUGAAAAGAACAUCAUCAUUGCCUGUAAGUCCAAUUGCACACUCAAAUCCUGAAUCAACCCAUGGAGGAAGUUCUUCAACUAAAGUGGGUAUGGAGUACCCAAUACACAGAUCACACUCAGUUCCUGAUUUAAACAAAGAUGGAAGCUCAAGACAAGGACAUAUAGGGAGCCUAUAUCGUGUCAUUCCCUCAACUAGCCCUCAAGUUACAGCCCAGUCUAUAACUACAGCUAAAGGUGCUCCAGCUGAUGAUGGAAACGAGAAUUUGGGUGAAGACAUCACUCAAGAAGAUGCAGUAUGCAGAAUAUGUAUGGUUGAGCUUGGGGAGGGUACGGACACCCUAAAGAUGGAAUGUAGUUGCAAAGGUGAACUAGCCCUAGCCCACAAGGAGUGUGCUGUGAAGUGGUUUAGCAUAAAAGGGAACAAAAUCUGUGAUGUAUGCCGGCAAGAGGUUAAGAAUUUGCCCGUCACGCUUCUAAAGAUUCAAAACAACUUAUCAGGGUUUGGAGUGGCACAGGCUGCUAUUCUUCAAUAUAGGAUUUGGCAGGAUGUUCCUAUUCUUGUUAUUGUCAGCAUGCUUGCCUACUUCUGCUUCCUAGAGCAACUUUUGGUUGCUAAAAUGGGGUCUGGUGCCAUUGCAAUAUCUCUUCCAUUUUCAUGCAUAUUGGGUCUCCUUGCAUCCAUGACAUCCACUACUAUGGUGAGGCGGAAAUAUGUGUGGGUGUUUGCUACAAGUCAGUUUGUUUUGGUGGUUCUUUUCGCGCACAUUUUCUAUUCACUGCUCCACAUCCAAGCAGUUUUAUCUGUUCUUCUGGCGUCAUUUGCGGGUUUUGGUGGGGUAAUGUGUGGAACGUCAAUCCUCUACGAACUUACAAAGUGGAUGAGGUUGCAGUUUUCGUCGGAUCAACAACCUUCUCAGAGGCCCGAUCGGGCUUCAGAAUCCAAUCUCACACCUCAAAGUGACCACCAUCCAGUUGACAUUGAAAGUGGGAAUGCUGGAGCAGAACAAGCCAGACUGUAAAUAUAUUAUUCAUAUACGCGAGUCAUAUGCAUACCUACAUAUGCUUAUUUGUCAUUGAAAGUUAUUUUGGAAUCUGCUGAUGACAAGAUAUUUGUAAAUUUUCCACCUAAGUAAACAUAUGAGGCCUUGUUGUUUUUUAUAUACCCGUAAUUUUUUUUACUCCUUCCUGGUUUAUUUCGUUUUUGCAUUCCUAGAGGAAGUCCAGCAAAAAUUGGGUGCAAUAGAACAUUGAUACCCUCUUUUCUUUGUAUAGCAUAGUUAGUUCUACCUAAUCGAAUUGAAACAUUCUGUCCAAUAUAUGUGAUAGGCGAUACAAUGGUGCAUGUAAUAAAUGUUUGAUGGUCAUGCAAAGCAAACGAAACAGCUGUUUAAUU